CUGCAGCCGUUGCUUGUUAUUCAGCAUUUGCUACCUCCACCUAUCUCGACUUCAUCCACCACUCGAGUUGCGCCGACUUUCUCCUCCCCGUCUCCGUCCAGCGCUGGCCCCGGAACAUCACUCAUCGUUGUUAGCCCACGAUCCGGCGAGCUUCCCGCCACAUCAAGCAGCUGUCAUCUACCGCGGACAGUCUCGAAAGAAGGGAACUACGAGCAUGUGUGCAUUGAGGGGGAGCUCUUAUCCGCCACUGCGCUCGUGCGCGUAGCACGGAUGGCGCAUACAUCAUGCCUGUUCCUACCGCAUCCUUCCUGCUGGGACUUGUAGUCCUUGGCUACCUCUUCACCUUCGUGGUCUUCGCCGUACUGCGCAUCGUCACCGGCGUCUCCAUUCAACGCCUGGGCUUCUCCGGCUUCCGGCGCAUCGCAUUCACCUUGCGCAAUGGUGUCAAGAUUAAUAUCCGAGGCGUAGGCCUCAGCAUCCACCGCCCGACUUUCGCCCUACCCACCUGGUGCAGUUUGGUCAUCACCGAGCUGGUCGUGACGGUCGAUCUGAACAAGCUAGCCGCUCAUAGCCGCAGCAAGAGUGCGCCGUUCGCAAAGGCCAAUGGGACUACUGCCGAGCAAGACAAGACGCAAGCGGCGCAGGACGCAGAGGAUGAUGACAUUGGACGCGGCAGACUGUGGCGGAGACUCACAGACAUCAAAGAGAAGAUCAAGAGACUCCACAGUAAGAUCAACUGGAUAAGAUUGGUAGAUCUGCUGGCCACCGCCAUCACAUUGGAUCUGGUCGGAGUCGGCACGGUGCGCAUAGAGCGCGUGAUGCUCUCGGUGGACACGCGCAGCAAGACGGUCGACCGUAGCAGACUCUUCCAACACCACAGGACUAAGCCAGACACCCAAACCCCGGCGGAGUGGAAGUCAUUGGUCCGAAGCAUCUUGUUCACGCCCGACGGCCGGGAGUCUACGGAGAUCCUCGACUAUGCUACAAUCAACAUUCAUGGCAUGCUACACAAUGAGUUGCAAGGCCUGCGCGACGCUUCCAUUGCCCUGAAACUCGGCCGGCUUAACAUUCCGUACGAUGACAUUGUGCAUGCGAAGAAGUCUGCAGAUCUGCUGCGAGGACGCUACGCUCAGCCCCAUGCUCAAGCACCCUCCGCCACCGACUCCGUUGCGAACGCACUCCAAGGCCUCGAACCGAGCCAGAUUCGACAAGACCGCCUCAUGCAGAAUGUUUCGGACUCGCGAGCUUUUGUGGCGUCCAUACUGCGGGGCAUCCAGGAGGUUCAGUUCGCUGUUGGAUUCUUCGGGUUGUCCAGGAAGGUCGAUGUCAAGACGGAGUCUGGCAAGGACGUCUUCUUCAACCUGGCCAUGACCGAAAUGGGCCUGGACAUCCUAAGGCUAGAUCCAAAGAGUCCUGCGCACAGGAUGUACUUUUCGACCCGAGACGUGGCCCAUCAAGGCCUUCUCACCGCCAUAUCGAUUUCUGCUGGCUUUGAUGACGGACACGAGCACCCCGAGCGCAUGUGCUACAUCCCGAUGAUCACCGCCACCGUCAAGACGACCCUCCCAUCCAGGACCGUCAACUAUUCGGAUGGUCGGGAUGCCGUGGAGAGAAAUGCCAACAUUCUAUACGCGAACCUGGUUUGCACCUCGCCCUCGGUUGACCUGGACCCGAAGCAUCUACCGCUCGUACGCGAGCUGCUGAAGCAGCGAUCACAGCCCGCGACAUCCGGUCAUACUCAACAUCAAAGUCGACAUCAGCUCAUUUCACAGCUCUUGCCGAAAGCUCACAUCAAGCUAUCAGUGCAGGAGCCAGUAAUCAGAGUCUCCCUGCCUCCCAUGGACAAGGCCAAUGCUACGAAUGACGACUACGACUUACUGAUCUCGUCCGUAUCGUCCAUCGCGAUCGAGCUGGAGUCGUCCCAUGCGGCCCAAGGGGCUACUAAUUACAGCCUCGGCACCCACUACCGACACGUCCGACAUCAGCUGUAUUACCAGACUUCCGCAGGUGAUAGACACGAUCUCCUGCGCAGCGACACCGUAGAGGUUCAGGUGGAUAUCAACGCUAUUCCAGACGCCUCGGUCGUGGUGAGUGGACGUCUCCAGACCUUCACCUUCUUCUUGGUGCGGCCGGACAUCUGCGAAGGCGUGAGACAGAUUGUCGCGCAGCUGCGCAAGAACGUCCUACGCCGACACGAUGAGGAGCAAAAACCAAAGCCAAGCUUCCUCCGAACAAUACCCUCCUGGUUACAGCAGAGCCGCAUUGAGGGUUCCGAUUUUGCUCUGGAGAUAGCAGGUGUCGAUGAAAGUAUCUCGACCGACACGCGAGGCUUUGCUCUCCAGCUUGGAUCGUGGUCCUCGGAGUACAAUGCUCAACGCGACAAGAAGCCAGACAUGUUCACUCGCCGAGGAUCAAUUAGCAAGGCCGCGCCUACCAAAGAACAGCGAUCUCGUACACCGUCACCCCGAAGGCGCUUAUUUACCAUGGCAGAUGGUCGACGACUGACAGUACACUUCCAGAAUCUGGAAGGCCUGAUCGUCGACUCGUUCGAAACCUCAGGCGUCGACACCUUCCUGUCUGUGCCGCGUUUCGAAGUGGCCUUUUCCACCACCACCGACAGCAAUGGACCUUUGCUCCAUGUUAACUCCCACGCUCGUAAUGUCCUGCUUGACUACUCUCUGUACCACCAAUUCUCGGUUGGCGUAGCUAUCAUGGUCCUUCGCAAGACGUUCCAGGAUCCAGAGAAGAAACCGCGUCCACGUGAAACCGCGGCCUCGAUCAAACCCCGAGGCUUACAGAUCCCAGGCCAGAUGCUGACCAUGGACGAUGUUGCACGCCAUGAAAUCACGACAAUCGACUUCAAAUCCGAUCUCAUUCAAGUAAAAGCUCGCAUGCCGGCCGAUCCUCCCAUGAUGCUGCAGAUUUUCGGCGUGGAGUGCGGUCGUCAUCGCUACGGCAUUCCCUUUGCGCGUGCGCGUCUAUGUCGACUGUACGUGCAGAUGCCGCGGACGAAAGGGGCUUGGAGCAGAAUCGUAAGUAUUCGAGUACUACGAAUGGACUUGCGCGAGAUCAACAGGAAGGUCGGCAAGAGCCAUGUGGCAGAGAAGAGCAUUGAUGUGGUAGCAGAGGGGAUUCGCUUCACGGUCCCACACUCCUUGGUGGUGCAUGACAUCUUCGACAACGUCAUCAACGUGAUCAAGGCCAACAAGCAAAUGCUGCACCACUUCAAAACCGGCACGAACGAAGAUGUUCUCAUGAAGGAGCCCGAAGGUCCGAAGAAUGUACCGAAGAUCAACCUCCGGACUCAAAUGUGCGUUCUGCACGUGGAGGACAGCACGUUCGAGUGGAAGCUCACCGCCAUCUAUCGUGCUGGCUUAUUGGAGCAGAAACAAAGGCUUGCACGGGAAGAAGCCUUUGCAUUGAAAGAGAAGUGGCUCGCUCGAGGCAAGAAACGUGGGCGCUCCAAUCUUCGAGCGCAGUCGGCGCAUCCUGAUGAUCGGCGCGCACGCUCCAAGAGCAAAACACGGCAGCCCAAUGCAGCAGCACGCGGGAGUCAGAGCACGCAACCAACUUCCAAGUGGAGCCCACCAGACAGCCAGCGCGAAUCUCGCCGGAAAAUGCGCUACGACGCAGAAGGCAAGUGUGGACUGAGUGAUACCUCGCACUGUACAAGCGAAAAGGCCCGAGAGAGACUGGACAUUCUCAAUGCCCAGUCGUGGAAGAAUCGUAUCGACCGCGUGUUGGAUUUCCAGACCAAAGCGGUAUCCGAGAUUCGGAACGUCAUGUGGGGAGUGGAUGAUAUGCCGGAGGACACCGACCAGCAAGAGCAGAUUCUCGCGCUGAAUUCCCGCCCAUCCCUCCUGCUCGUCACCAUCAGCGACCUCAACAUCACCGUUGAUAAACCGUCGUUUCCGGUCAACGAAUAUGCGAAGUUCUUGCACGAUGUUGGGAAAGGAAUGCCCAAGGAGAUGAAAUACGGCUUGUUGAUCCCGAUGAAUCUCCACAUCACCAUGGGCGAGGCGCGCUUCCAGCUUCGGGAUUAUCCCCUUCCCUUGCUGCAUGUGCCUUCUCUUGCCCAUGGACAAUCUCCCCGGACGCCUAGCCUUUCAGUUCGCACUGAUUUCGUCAUUGCAGAAGAGUUCCGCGACGUGGAGUCUCAACGCCAUGUCACUGUGGAAGUCGUUCCGCCGAAGAAGACUGCGAGCGGCAACGGCUACACUAUCGACGUGAGGCGUACCAUCUCACCAGUGAAGACGUACUCGGACAUGAAGGUCGAAAUCAACACCAGUCGUGCGACUAGGAUAACCUGGGGGACGUCGUACCAACCGGGGAUUCAAGAUGCAAUGCAAGUGCUGGAAGGCUUCACCAAGCCGCCGGCCGAUCCAUCUGACCGCGUCGGUUUCUGGGACAAGAUUCGCCUCAGCUUCCACUCCCGCAUCAAUGUCGCGUGGAAAGGGGACGGCGAUGUCCAUCUUGCCCUCAAAGGGUCUAGGGAUCCCUAUGUGGUCACAGGACAAGGCGCUGGCCUGGUAAUGGUCUGGCGGAAUGACGUUCGCUGGAACAUUGCUCAAAGCAAAGAUCCUCGCGAGUUCAUGACGGUGAGUAGCGCCGAGUACGUCCUGGCUGUUCCGAAUUUCAGCAGCUUCGCACGGCGCAUACAGGAUCCAGAUGAGGGAGACGACGGCGGCUCCGCCUCAAGCUCUAUUAGCCAAAGGAGAGAUGCCACUUUCAAGAAGGUUGUAAUGAAGCUUUCUGGCAAGGUGCAGUGGGUCGGCGGGAUGAUGUUUGAGCGCGAGCUGAACAACGAAUCGCGCUCGUUCGAUUUCAAGCCGCAUUACGAUGUCGUUCUCAAGCAUCCAGACUACGCAAAAGCACCACCCGGCCGGGAGUACGACGCCUACCACGGGUUCCGCAGCAGACACAUUCACAUGUCGGUCGCUGUUUCCGCGCCCCACGAUCGCCAAUGGUCCGUCACGAAUCUCCAGCCCUCGAACAACUACAAUGCGAUUCACUUGACCCCACGCUUUUUCUCCCACUUCUUCAGCUGGUGGUCCAUGUUCUCCGGCGUGAUGUCGCUUCCCAUCCGACAGGGACCGCUGUUUGGUUCUACAGACCAUAAGAAAGGGAAGAAACUGGGACGACACAUCGCCACGUUCAAGUACAAUGUACUUCUGUCGCCCCUGUACAUCAGCCAUGUCUACAAACACAAAGACGCUGAAGACUACCAGGAGAAUGUGGUGUCUGCGACUGGACUGAAGGCGAAGCUGGACAGUUUCAUGCUUGACAUGCAUCAGCGCCGGGAGUACUUCGACUUGCAAGGUCACCAGGGCGCGCAAUCGAAGCAGUCGAGCGGGAUGAAGAUCAAUCAAGCUCAACUGGAUUUCAUCCAUGCAGAUCUUCGUGCUCUCUCUGCCAGCAUCACGGGUACCAGCACUGAAGACAUCGAGAAGGCAAACGAGGCCACGCUUGCGUCUCUCUACGGGCAGCUCCCCUCAGUCGACAUGUCCAAAUUCACCAUUCCCGACAACGACUUUACCUGGAUCGACAUGGACGAUUUUGUUGAGCUGGACUGGAUCUUGCCGGCAGAAACGGAUCCGCAGACAAAGAUUCUGCCCCUGGCUUACGCCCCACGAUUUACGUACUUCCGAAACACAGACCAUGGAGGAGACAUCGCCGGCGACCCUACCCGCUCCAGUCCUUUCGGUGACGAGCCGACUCACGACUGUGUCAUGUCUGCCAAGAACGACCCGAGGCGCGUACAGGCGGAGCUGAUUGAAAAGCGCAUAGACAAACUCAAGGAACAGAAACUGCACAACGCCAGAGCGAUUGGCGAGCAAGAGCUGAAGGUCAUUCAAAACAUUGAGAGCGAGAAUUCGCAAGAACGUGAGAUGCUGGCGGCGCUGCGAGCUCAUGGCGAGCAGUUGCAAAAGAAGUUCGACUUCCUCGAGUCGAUGCUCAACACCCUCUACCAACGCUUGGAGGACGAUGAUCCCGCCGCCGUGCCUGAUCUCGAGACAAGCGAGGCGUUCUUCGAAGCCCACGAGAGUGCAAAGACUACCAUGUUCGAACACGCCACAGACGCCGCUCCGCUUGGAGAUUACACGAGUGACUUCAACAAUCGCUUCAUUGUCCACAACGCUCAGAUCAAGUGGAACAACUCACUUCGGAACACCAUUCUCCGAUACAUCCACCAAAACGGCCAACGGCGAGGAUUCGUCUACUACAUGUCGCGGCGGGCGGUGAAGUUCAUACUGGAUAUCAUCGAUGAGAGACGCAAAGCAGAAGAAAACGAGCAUUCACAGAGGAAGAAAGCAUUCUCCGCCGAUCAAGGCAUGUGGUCUCCGGACGCGGUCGACGACGAAACGACCAUUCAAGAUCGCAUCGAUGAGCUGCUAAAAGAUGGUCGUUCAUUCGUUACUGCGGAUGACCCGCCUAUCCACGACGCCGAGAAGACGACGACCAACGAUGGACCCAAGGACGACAUCGCUGUGGAUUUUGCGGCCCUCAACACCUAUCAAUUCCGUCUCAUCGCGCCCCAAGUGCAGCUGCAAAGUGAAAAGAAUCCCAAGGCUGCGGUCUUGGUGAGCGCCAAAGGAAUGCAGCUCAAGGUUGUGCAGAUCAUGGACAGGAACCGGGUCAGUGACGACGUGUCGGGUUUGGUGCAAAGACGGUUCACUGCCGCAGCAGACAGCCUGCAGAUGUUCGUCACGACCAGCAAGUCUUUCGCCACCGAACAUCUGCACAUGUACUCCGCAAAUCGAUACGGCAACAAGUCGGGCAGCUACUGGCCACCUUGGGUCCCCAUGGAAAUGAUCGUUGAAUUCCAGACCAACCCGUACGGCUUCAACAGAGUUGUCCAGCGAACAUCGGCAAGCCUUCGGUAUGAUAAGUACAACACGCUGCGCCUGAAGUACAACGACGAUGUCUCCGGCGGCGAGCCAGCGACUGCCGAAAGUGCCGAGGAGGCAGAAAGGCGAAUGGACCACGUUUGGCUGGAGUUCCCACAGUUCCGUGCCAUUUGUGAUUCUGCUCAGUACUACGCCAUGUACAUGAUUGUGACGGAGUUGCUGCUGUACAGCGAGCCGCUCGAGAAGACACGCACGGAGCGCUUGGAGAAGAUCUUGCUUGCGUCGGAUUUCAGCGACCUUUCCGGUGCACCGGGCAUGGUGUCGAAGCUGCAAGAGAGGAUUCGGCAGCUUGAAGAAAUCAAGAUGCAAUUUCAGGUGAAUGAGAAGUAUCUCGACCGGCAAGGGUGGAAAGAUCGGAUUGCCAUUGAUCAGGAUCUCGCCAAUUGUGAGGAUGAGCUAUUCUUCAUGAUGAAGGCCAUCACCACCGCUCAGCAACGCAAUGAAGACCGCCGCGAGCAGGCUGAUGUAGCUGGCAUGAUGCACCUGAACAUGUCCGCGAACGAAAUCGCCUGGCAUCUGAUCCGCGAGAAAGGCGAAUCGCUGGUGGAGUUGCAACUGCGGGACGCUGCAUUCAACCGUACACACAACAACGACGGGUCCGACUACAACAUGGUGGAGAUUGGGGGCAUCAAUGGCUACAACUUGCUCAGAGAUGCCAUUUACCCACAGAUCAUCGCUCCAUUCGUCGACGAAUCGCGCGGCCUGUACGAACAGCGGCACGGCAGCAUGCUGCGAGUGCAGUGGCUCAUGCUGGAGGCCAUUGCAGGCAUUCCUGUGGUGGACUACUUUGAGGUCGACCUUGUCCCGCUGAAGCUGCAGGUCGAACGAGACGUCGCCAAAAAGUUGUUUGAGUACAUCUUCCCUGGGGUUGGCGGUAGCGCGUUCGAAGGAGGCGGAUUCAGUCCGUUCAUGGCAAAGCAUGCUCCGACUCCCACAGAUGCGGACGAAGAUUCCGACGAUAAUGGUAUGGGCAUGCCGGCAGAUGAAGAGAGCAGCUCAGUCGAUCCUCAUCCACAUGGUCUUGCCUCCCUGGAGCAGAGACUGAAGCCCACCCUGCACCUCCAAGGUAAACAGAAGAAGGCAGAUGGCAAAGGCCUGGGCAUCUCGAGCGGCACCAAUCAAGGAACUGCGGACAAGGCGAGGAACCAAAGUCUUGCCCAACAAGGCAAUGCAUCCACGAGUAACCUUCCUGGCCCAGCUCGACGAUCCAGCGAACAAUCCCUACAAAAGCCAAAGGCUGGCGCCGACGGCGACAAGGGCAAGCGUGGCGGGUUGCAAGGAAAGAAAGCUAUCGACAAGAAGCAGGAGCCAGAUGAUCUCACGCAGAUGGUCAACAGGGCGAGCAACUACAUGACGUUGGCCUUUGUCAAGAUCCCAAGCAUGGUGUUGUGUCUGAGCUACAAAGGCCACGGCAAGCGCAACAUCGAAGACGUCCACGACUUGGUGUUCCGGCUGCCGACGCUGGAGUACCGCAACAAGACGUGGUCGAACCUGGAUCUGGCCCUGCAGCUGAAGAAGGACAUUGUGCGCGCCCUGAUCUCGCAUGCCGGCGCCAUUGUCAGCAACAAAUUCAGUCACCACAAGCCCAGCAGAAUGCAGCAGAGCAGGCUCCGGGAGAUUGCCAACAAGAGUUCAUUCAUGUCUCCCAACGCCAGCAAGGCCAAGCUCGACUCCGAUUCGAACGGCACGAGGGAUUCCAGCCCCGUCGGUAGGCCCUCGAUGGCGUCCGGCCGCCCAGGGACGCUGAAUCGUACCUUGUCGGAUACCUCCACGCCGUCGACCACUUCCAUUGCAGAUAUCAACUCUGGAGAACCGCCUGGAGCUCUUGAUGGCCAGGUGGAGGCUCGACCGACUACCCCACAGCGGCCUUCCUUGUUCCGGACCGCAGCGUCGACCACAGAUGGAGAGACCAGUCGACCUCGAACGGCAUCCAUCACCCGACACAUAUCCGGCCUUGGCGAGCGGUUGCGGCAGCGGCAGACGGACUCGAAUGGCGUCGAGGACGCAGAGGAGAAUAAACGGAAGAGCAAACUGCUUCUCGGUGGUCAGAAAUUGCUGGGCAAGCUGAGGGAUUAGAGAAUUUUGCUUUGUGUUAGCGAGGAGUUUCUGGAAUUGAGACGGCAAUAUCAUUCGAGCAUCGUGCGUAAUACCCAGCGGGU